AUGGCGUCCUCGGAGGACUGCACUAUCGACGAUGAUGGUUCUCAUCCUAAACAGACGUCGGUACAGGGGACAACUGCGGAAAUGAGUCGGCCAAACAACUUCCAAAGAAUUGCCCAGAAAAAAUUGCUUGUCAAAAGUUUUCCACGCAACAAAAAACUCGAGAAAUUAGCAGUUUAUUCAUCAUGCAAAUCCGAGAACUGCAAGUGCAAUGGUUGGAAGAAUCCAAAUCCGCCUCCAACGCCUCCUCGUGUGGAUGUAUCACAACCCCUUGCCAGCCUCACAGACCCAUGUCGCAGCUGUAACCAUGCUUUGGGUGCCCAUGUGUCACAUCUCGAGAACACGGCGGAGGAGGAACUCAAUCGACUGCUGCGUAUUGUGGUGGAUGUGGAGAACCUAUUUAUGUGUGUCCACAAGGAAGAAGAUGCAGAGACAAAACAAGUGUACUUCUAUCUCUUUAAGCUUCUGCGGAAAUGUAUUCUGAACAUGAGCAACCCCACUAUAGAGGGGCCCCUAGGAAAUCCUCCAUUUGAAAAACCAAGUAUUGCAAAGGGUGUUACUAACUUCGUGGUGUACAAAUUUGGCCACCUUGCUCAGAAAGAAUGGCAGACAAUGUACGAUUUGGCUAAAAUGUUCUUGCACUGUCUGAAUCAUUGGAAGUUAGAGACGCCGGCUAGUCGGGCUCAGCAUGCUGGAACAGAGGACAUGAAUGCCUACAAGGUCAACUAUACAAGGUGGCUUUGCUAUUGCCAUGUGCCGGCUUUCUGUGACAGCCUGCCACGUUAUGAGACAACCCUGAUCUUCGGUCGCACUCUGCUGAGGUCUGUCUUCCAAACCAUGAGGAGACAACUGCUAGACAAGUUCCGAGCUGAAAAAGACAAGAUGCCCCCAGACAAGAAAACACUUGUCCUCACCCAUUUCCCCAGGUUUCUGUCUAUGCUCGAGGAAGAGGUGUAUGGCACCAGUUCCCCAAUAUGGGAUCCAGACUUCUCCCAGAACCCAGCCAACAUCCCUAUGUCUCCAACACCGCUACCAAAUGAAAUUUCAGCAACGCCGUCCACGGCACCGGGCGUGAGUGGCUAUAACCGUUUCACAACCGGAACCAACUCCACUGGCCCGGGGCCUGAAGGCUUCACAUCCAUCAACAUCACCCCAGGACUCAUCACGCCGAGAAGGCCGUCCAAGACUGAACCAGGUCAAGCAGGGGAGAAGAGGAAACAUGAGGACAGUCUGCUGGCAGACGAACUGAAGCGGAAAAAGAUUGAUGGCGAUGUCUCGUCAGACACAGUUGCUGAAAUACUGGCCACCAUUACAGAUCCCAGUCAGAUGGUUGGACCAGAUCCGACACUGUUCCCCACCCACACGGCACGGGACGAGGCAGCACGACAGGAGGAGAACAAGGGGGUGAUCAACUUCCAUGUCAUUGGUAACUCUCUCAGCCAGAAGCCCACUAAACAAAUCUACAUGUGGCUGAUUGGUUUACAGAAUGUCUUCUCACACCAGCUGCCCCGGAUGCCCAAGGAGUACAUCACAAGACUUGUGUUUGAUCCGAAACACAAAUGUUUAUCUCUGAUAAAGGACAAGAGAGUCAUUGGUGGGAUCUGCUUCCGGAUGUUUCCAACCCAGGGUUUCACAGAGAUUGUAUUCUGUGCUGUGACAUCUAAUGAACAGGUCAAGGGUUACGGGACACACCUGAUGAACCAUCUGAAGGACUACCACAUCAAGCACAACAUUUGUCACUUCCUUACAUUCGCUGAUGAGUACGCUAUUGGAUACUUCAAGAAGCAGGGCUUCUCAAAGGAAAUCAAGCUGCCGAAGUCAGCGUACCUGGGAUACAUCAAGGACUACGAGGGGGCCACCCUGAUGGGAUGUGAACUCAACCCCCGGAUCAAGUACACCGAGUUCUCCCAGGUCAUCAGAAAACAGAAGGAGAUCAUCAAGCAGAUUGUGGAGAAGAAGCAGGAGCAGCUGAGGAAGAUCUACUCCGGCCUGUCCUGCUUCAAAGAUGGAGUGCGGCAGAUCCCCAUCGAGAGCAUCCCUGGUCUUCACGAGUCAGGCUGGAAGCCCACCUUUAGCCCAGAGAAGGAGAAGGAGAAAUGUAAAGACAAUGCUCUUGACCCUGACCAGUUAUACAACGCCUUCAAGACUGUUUUACAGCAAAUCAAGAACCAUGGGUCAGCCUGGCCAUUCCAGAGGCCGGUGGACAAGUCUGAAGCUCCUGAUUAUUAUGAUCAUAUAAAAUUUCCAAUGGAUCUGAAGACCAUGUCUGACAGAUUAAAGAACAGAUACUAUUGUCACAAGAAACUGUUCAUUGCUGACAUGACCCGCAUAUUUACAAACUGUCGAGCAUACAAUGAACCGGACACGGAGUAUUACAAGUGUGCUAACACAGUGGAAAAGUUCUUCACCAUCAAAAUGAAGGAAGCAAGUCUUAUGGACAAAUGAAAGUGUUGUCUCAGUGGGUGCUCAUCCUGUGAUCUCGUCUCAGAACACACAUCAUCCCAUAGUGGGGCUCAAGCUCCUCACAGCGAUAGCCCGUUCGCAGAGCUGUCUAUACUAUCACUGCCACCAGUCAAAGUUCCCUGCUAUGAGAGGUAGCUACAGCCAUGCUUGGAGUCAAACUCGCAACCGAAUGACCAUUAUGUUUUCAAACAAGUGAUGACUCUUAUGACGCCAAAUACUCUUACCCCUGCUAAAUUAUUUCCUUUUUUGUCAAUUUGGAUUUCUAUUUCAUUACAACUAUCAUGUAAUUGGUAUAGUAAGAAUGUAAGGCGAAUGUUGGCUGAUUUUCCGUUCUUCUGCAGUCUCGAACCAGUCUGAUUGUACAAACAAAAAGGUAAAUUCAUCUUGGAUAUAUGGUCGGUGUCAAACCUUUUCAAAAUUCACCGAUAUCAUUCCCAAAGACAUAAACAAAAGUAUAAACGUCUGCAUUUGGGAUUGGAGGGCAAACUUUAAGAUUCUUGUAAUGGCUGCACCCACACUGGUGGCAGUGAUGUUACCGAGAGUGUAAUGAAGGUGUCACACGCUGGGAAGAAGUUUGGAUUGGGCUCUGCUGACAAGGUGUGGUCACACUUCUUGAUGAGAGUGGACAAACCUGAUCAGCAGUACAGUCAGUCCAGCAAUACUGACCGAGUCUGACCGAGUCUGACCGAGUCUGACAAAGUUGCUUGAAAAGAAAACCUAAGCUAAACUGCCCGUGUUGUAAAUCAAUUACAAAGUGUGAAUCAGAAUUUCAUUAAGAAAAUGUCUGAUGAAGUAACUCUUACAUGAUGCGAUUUUCAGAAAAUGCCAGUAAUUAGGGACCGGUCAUAUAUUUUAGGGGUAGGUGGGUCAGGAUGCAUCAGGGGAGGGUCACCAGAAAAUCUGACAGUUUCUAGGGGAGGGUCAGAAAAAAUAGUACACAGAUUUGGGGAGGUUCUUGAGAAUGGGCAUUUUGUAAUUAAAUAUGAAGUGCUUUGGCAUUUAUUUGGCUUUUCAGGUCAAGGGCAUGGGGAAGGUCAUCCAAAAUGACAAGCAUUCAUAAGGGAGAGUUAUUUUUUUCAGUACAUUAGUGCAUAAAAAACUGACUACCCACCCAACCCCUUAAAUAAAUGAUUCAUCCCUUUUAUAAGUGUGUCAUAUGUAUAAAAUACUUAAAUAUCUGAUACCAAGUUAUGAUCAAGGGAAUGCUAUCGUUACACUAUAUGAUGGUGAAGUUCUCAGUAAAUACCAGUGAUUAUGUAAAUGUGACAUCCAUGUCAACUACAUAACUAAUCCUGUGUACAUGGGUCCCAAAAGAUUAUACAUGAGCCCAUUUAGCCAAAAACUUUCACCGCAUCUUUCCAUAGGGCAUGCUAUUCUUUUGCAUACUGUUGUAUGCAGUAGGUCAGUUUUUCUACAUCAGAACACCAUGUGCCUUUGUCAUGUGGUGUGGAACCCUCCGGAGUGUGUGGUGAUCCAGAAUGUCUUGUCAGUGUUACACUGCAGCUUGUGGGGUGGUGGAGUUAAUGCUUUGGCUUGUCUUGCUGGAUAUCUGAGUUUGAUCCCACACACAAUAUGAGAGGGUGUUUGGCAGCAACAUAUUUCUCUCUCAUGACAUUGCAGCUGGUGAGGAUCUUCCUCCUAGGAAACUACCAUUGAAUUCCUCCGAAAUGUCUUUUCAAAACUGAUGAAUAAAAUGCAUAUCACUAUCUUUACAUGUUAUUUGCAAAAACAAACAAACAUGCAGGUCCUCAUUAUCAAGUUCUUAGAGUGAGGUUUUCUUAUGAAACCUUUCAUGUCACACCAUGGCACAAAUAAUCAGGACUUGAAGUUAUUCUUUUGGCAGAGAAGCUAUAUGUAGCUACUUAUAUUUUUACAGGUAACCUUGAUGCUGUCAAAACCCAAACAUGCCACACAAAUGUUAAAAGAUGAAAUUACUGACAUUUAAGUUUGUAUAGUCUCAUCAUAUAUUCAGUUCAAUGUUAAACCUCCUUUUGAGACACUAGUCAAAAUAGGUCCACAGUACCUCAUUUGUUGUAUGACUAAGAAGAGGACUAGGUGGUCAGGCUCUAAAGCCAAUUAAAUGGGGAUUGGGUGGUCACACUCUGACAAGGAUGGUACCAUGGAUACUUGCUGCUACUUUACAGUCACUUGUUUGGUCCAGAUUUGAUUAUUUACAGACCCCCGUUCAAUAGUGGAAUUUUGCUGACUGUGCAUUAAGUAACGUUCACUCUUUAUUUAGCUUUAAUUAAUUAACAGUUCGUACUGACAUGACUUAACAUUCAGCUAAGUCAGAUAUGUUUCGGGCAGUGGGGUAGCCUAGUUGUUAAAGCAUUCUAUCGUCAAGCGGAAGACCUGGGUUCAAUUCGCCACACGGGUACAAUGUGUGAAGCCCAUUUCUGGUGUCCCCUGCCAUGAUAUUGCUGGACUAUCGCGGCUACCAUUUUCCAGGUAGCAGAAUAUUGUUUUAAGUUUCAUUGUUGCUAUAUACUACCAUUAAUUUCAAGUCCAGAAAAGCAACUCAAUACAUUAUCAUUUGGCACUGCCAUUAAUUACUUAAAGUUUCAAUUUGCUCCUAAACAACCAUAGAGUGAUGUAGAACAGGGCCCCGGAUCUUAGCGCUGAGGCGAUUGUAACUCCAAUACUUCCAACACAGACUACGACAGUCGUACCGCUGUGAUCGUUUUGUUGAAUGUAGGUCAUCCCACUCCUGGCUGUUUGCUCCGAUUAUGUUUUUAGGUUUGUCAGCACCAUACCCAUCCCCUCAGGUUUCUCCAAAGUGGAAAACAUCUGAAACCUGCAUCACUUGGGACUUUCCUCCCACAUCAAGCUGACACACCGUGAUAUAACUGGAAUACUGUUCAAAGCGGCGUUAAACCAGCUCACUCACUCACUAUUCUGUCCUAGGUUUCUAUGGCAGUUUCCCUGGCAUAUUUGUAAAUUUGUCCGACUCAGAUCUGUAUGUGAAUAUGAAUAACAUUUUCAAAGAAUCUGUUAUUAAGUUUGGUGCAUUUAUUUCCCAGGGCCCAUCGCCCAAAGCAAUCUUAGCGCUAAGCCUGUGUUAAAGUAUGGGAGUUCGCUUUGUGCAACAGGGCCCUGAUCAGUGUUUUUUCUCAGCAUCAGUAGACUGUGUGAUGUAUUCGUUACUCAGAGUGUACUGUCACAGUGAAUGUGUGACUGAUUCAAAAGCUGAACAUGGUCAGGUAUAGAGUGAAACAGGUUAUCAUCUCAUUACUCACCUGUACAUACACAUCAACCAAUGGUUUAUUUAUGUGUUGUUUAUAUGUAAAUAAGUACUAUAUACAUUACACAAUAAAUUAUAUAAGAAGUC